CUCCUGUAUUCAUUAUGUCCGGCUAAAAUUAUGAAGCAGUUCCUUUGAGGUAAUAUGAUAAAUUUUAGGCAAUUGCCAAUAUUUUUUUUACCCACUGUUAAAAUAUUUGGGAGCACUUCUGCAAAGAACCCAGUAAAUGUAAACACCACCAACAAUGACAAUAAUAGUUCAAAGCUGGUAACAUAAAUAUUUUAUUCUGAGAAUUAUAGUUGCCAAUGGCAGAGCCGAACCAAGCAGCAACUGUCUUGGAGUAAAAUUUACUCCUUCUUCAGCAUUAGGUCUUCCCUUUCUCAAGACUUCUUGCAGUUGCAUUUAUUUUCUACUAAGGAACUGAUGUUGUUAAUACCUGUAAUUGCAGUACACAGUAGGCAAAAACAUGCUUCGCAGAUCACCUGCAGUUAUCUUUGAAGUAACUCUUAUCACUAAAGUACGGAAGUGUGGGUAAGUGUUUCUGUACCAUUUGCAUUCCAUAAGCAUUUGAAGAACUUCAUGACAGCUAUUCAUAAGUUUAACAUAAAAUUUAAUGACACUUUUGCCAUAUUUUUCUUCAAUUGUCUUCCUCAUCAUAAUUGUUUUGUUAUAACAGACAAAACAAUUAUUGCUAAAUAUUUCCAUGUACUGAUACAAAGAGCCAUGUUUGUUCAACUACAGGUUCAGAUAUAUAGUUUUCACAAAACCCAGUAUAGGGUUGCAUUUUUAAUAUCAGGAGGGGGGAUGGAGACAGUUUAAUAAAAAAUUUUCAGUUUUCUUUAGUAUAUAUACAUCAACAUUUUGUGCAAUCACAAUGCAACCUGACUAAUGAUAAAAGGGUAUUGUAAUGCAUAUGUGUGAAUGAGGAUGACUUAACUGGUCAUGUCAUUUGAUAAUGAGGAAAAAUGUUUGAUGCAUGAUUGUUGCAUUUCCUAUAAGUAAGCGAAUAGCACAAUGAUUCUGCAUAAGUUAGAGCAUACAUAUGCAAAAACUAUUCGUAUGAAUCAGAGGCAGCUGACAGAUGUUUUAUCCUGCACAUAUAAAAACAUGUUGUUUUAUCCUGCACAUAUAAAAACAAAUGGAUGGAGGAAUGAGGGAUGUUUUAUCCUGCACAUAUAAAAACAUGGUAUAGAUGAUUGAAAGAUGGCCAGCAGUCUUGAAAAUGUAAGAAGUCUCCAUUCUAAAAUACCAGCAAAAAGCAAAAAAAAAACUAGAAACUGGCAACUGAUUGGCAAUUCAAGAACUAGAAAAUUAGCUGGAGAUUCCAAAAACUAAAGUGUGUAAAAUAUUCAUGAAAUGUCUUUGCAUGAAACAUUUCUCUGUUAUGUAACUACUGUCUCUAGCAGAGAAAGAGCAUCAUGAUGUAGUUGGUUAAUGAUUUUUUCAAUAAGCCAUGUUUCUUCAGAAACAUUUUUAUUAAAGUCACUCAUCCAAAUGUGGUUUUGCCACAUCUUGAAGAAAGCAUGAAACAUUGGUAUCAAGGUCAAGACUACAUUAACUUUUUUUUAAUUAGAAAGGUGUUGUCCAUCAUGAGGAUGCUUCUACUAGAAUGGAAACAGUUGUAGCCAAGGACAACUAACGAUUGUCAUUUUUAUCUUAUUUUUUACAAAAUAUCAAAUUGUGUAGCUGACUCAAUCUUCCUACAGCUCAGAUUUGCUGCCUUGUAACAUAUGCUAUGACUGAGAUUUGGGCCAGUACGAGAGGCAGUUAUAUUCAGGAUUUCACUGCUGGACUUCGCAGAAUGUUUAGAACAGUGAAAACGGUUAAAUGGAAAUACAUAGGAUUCCAAGAUGUUUAAAUUGAAAGUGAUUUAGGUAUCCUUGUUCAUCUCUAAUUUAAAUGCGUAUGAAAGCAAAAGAUAUUUUAUAAAAUGUGGAGUGUGCCUGACUUGCAGUGCCCUGCGCAGGAUAUUUGUGAAUAUUCAUUCCAAGGAAGUAGGGGGAAAGAAAAAUUUUCUCAACUCGUGAUCGUGUUAACAAGUGCUGCUGAAUUGCUUACUGCAGAUCAUCAGUUAUGGACAGAAGUAAAGAAGUUACAAAGCAUUCAAGAAAUAUGUAAAAAAGCAUUAGACUGUGAUAAGUGUUUGCAUUUUAUGUUACGAGUAGGAAGUUCUCUUCAAAAACAUGUUUUAAUAAAUCUCUCAAAGACAUAUUUGGACCUUGCUGAACGUUUCUUACUAGGACUUCAAGAUUCUGCAUCAGUAUCUGUUUUACCUUCACGCCAGCAGCUAGAAUUUGUUCUGAUUCGCACUCAAGCUGUUUCUAAGCUUGUGUUAGAAACUUUACUUUACUCAAGAGAAACAUUCAAUUAUAUAAUGGAAAAGCUUAGAACUAAUCAUGAUAUGGUGGGUUUACUAAUGGCUUCUUCAGUCACAGCUAAAGUGUGCAUACUAAUUAAAGAUCUUUUGGUACAAAUGUUUGAAAUGUAUCAAAAACUAUUGCCAUGGUGUCAAAGGCUGAAAAAAGGAGACUGGAAGUGGCCAAGAAGUUUAGAAUUGCCUGAUGAUUUAGAAGCAUGGUUGAAGCUAAAUGAAUAUGAUAUUUUGAAACCGCUCUCUGUUUUUAAAGAGAACCUUGCUUUUUUAACACCCUAUCUUCAAAAUGUUGCUGAACAAAAUGUAGAAGAAGAUGAUGACUGUGUUAUUAUUGAAAAUCAUGAUGAGAAAUCCACUGACCCAGUUAUUGAAGAGAUUGUGCUGUCAGAUGAUGCAGAUGACAAAGUCAAAAGAUUAACUAAACAACAAAAGGUGUUACUUCACAGAAUAAAGCAGGUAAAGACACUAAAAGGUUUAAAAAGAGUUUGGAGAAGUAUUGAUAAGGACUUUCAGAUGUUAUUGCCAGAAGCACUGACACAAAAGAAAAUUGACAAGAUAGAGAAACUGUUUGUUCAGCUAAAGCAGCUACUCCUUGAGAAACAAAAACUCAAGUGUUAUUCAUCUAGAAAAAAUAAAUGCACUAUAGCUGUUGUGCAGAAAGCAGGGCUUCAGUUUGCAAUAUAUUUGGGUUUAAUCAAAAACACAGAAGGAGCUUCUAGUUCUGAAAAACAGACCGAAAAUGUAGGAUCCUCCGUGAAUAAGUUAAAACCUGUGUACACAAUCACAGGUUUGAAAAAACUUUGCGAGCAAGUAAAUCAGAAUCUUCCAGCAGCAGGACGGCAAAAAAAGCGUGUUAAAAUGGAAAAUUUGUUGAAAAGUUGCAUUGAAAACAAUACACUUUUAAAGCGGUCUGGUGAUAAAGAAACUGCUAGAGACUUAAUAUUUUGUACAUCUAAAAUUGUAUUGACAUUAUUGCAUAAAUUAUGAUAAUUAAUUACUGUAUUGAAAUUAUUUUUAAUUAAUUAUAAUUAUUUAAAUAUCUUAAUAAAAAGUGAAAAAAUUUUUGA